AUGACCUCUGGCGGGGAAGAGCUGUGGGCUUCGGAAGAGUCACAGCCGACGCUUCUCCGCAUUUCCCCCACUUCCCCAGAUCUCGCCAUACACCUCACCCCUGGUGAGUGCCAUGCCAGAGCAAACAUGGAGCCAAACGCCGCAUCAGAUCAGUAUAAUUCCCCGAUGAUGGCCCCGUCUCCUUCGGGGCCACAGCGAACAAAGAAAAAGCGAGUCCGGAAUUGGACAGCCGAGGACCGCGCCGUGCAUCGGGAAUUUGAGAAGUCCAGACGAGAGGCUUUUGCCGAGCGCUUAACGGAAUUGACCAACUUGCUCCCAAUGCUCAAGGGCGAGCAACGCCCUUCAAAGCACGUCAUUGUAGAUGCCAGUAUCUCCUACCACAAGACACAGGAGACCAGGCUUCGACAAGCGGCCCGUGCCAUACAAAACAUCCUAGCUGAGCGUGAUGACCUCCUUCAAGAGGUUAAUAUUCUCCGUUCCUUAUGCCAGCCGGGCGUGUGCGUUCCUCGGCAACCCCGGCAACCUCGGCCAAUCGACCCCGCUGUGGUUGCGAUGCUGGCAAACGGCGAAGGACCUGAUCAGGUAGACUCUAUUACAACUGUGCCUAGUACGGUCUUGGAGCAAGCGAGAAUACUCCCUGGUGUCUCGAACGGUGUCUCCCCACCCACGCGUACGCUUGAGGAAUCCGGUCUACCGCUGCUCCCACAACCGGCCUGUAACACAGACGACUGGUCAUGGCCUGGUUCCCAUAAGCCUCAGUCCAUGGAUUUAUCUCAAAAUAUUGCGGAAAAUCCUUCGAUAUUCUGGAAUCAGUCACCCGGUACGAUUACAAUCACGCCGCCGGAGCAUUUGGAGGCAUCACGCUUGGUCGAUGAUUCGGCGUUCUUCUGGACCCAUCACCCAGGCGUACUAGCUACAACUCCGCCCAAAGAUGGAGACUUACAAGAUGACUCCAUGCCACUAGACCUGCCUGGCAACCUCGCUUUCUCGUGGUCACCAAGCAUGCCCAUACCUAUGCCAGUCACUACACCAUCCAGCAAUGAGGAUUCAGUUAGGAACAAUCAAGAUUUCCAAACUGCAAAUUCAUUCCCCAAUCCAGCGAGUCUAUCUAUAUGA